ACAGACAUCGCAAAGCAACCGCGGACGAAUCGUGACAGCUCCGGUGAAUACUCGCUGGUGGGAUGUACGGGUCAAAAUCAUCACAAGUCUAAUGAGUAGUAAAGGUAGUUGUUACACAUUAACAGUUUCAAGGUGGUUACUUUCCUUGUGUCAACUGUGAGAUAACCGAUCGGUCGUAGAAGUUUCUUGUCAGGUGAUAAAUACAUCGUGGCCUCUCCCAAAGGUUUUUCGAUUGGAAAGGCUAGCGGCAAUGAAGAUUUCCAACAAGAAAAGGAUUUUGGCCAAGUUCUUAAAAGGCCGAUGGCUUCCGAGGAUCUUUUCCUUCAUCCUUUUGGGUUUGUUUGUUUCGCUCGUCCGAUGGAAAACGGACCCUGAUCCGACCAUACCGCAGCAAAUCAAGACUGACCUGCCCGCCUGCUCUGCGAUCAUCACGGGAGACGUGGCGGGUCGCGAAAACGACUUACAAGUCCUUUUAUCGUCCAGGAGGAGGCAAGUUCUGCUAUCUGAGGACUUCUACCUGAACGCGACCCAAGAUUGUCAAGCUUAUAUAACACGGAGAGGCUUCUUUAUGGUUCCUCUGAGUGAAGAAGAGAAGGAUUUUCCCAUCGCAUACUCAAUGGUGAUCCACGGACAGAUUGAAAUGUUCGAGCGGCUCCUGCGUGCCAUUUACAUGCCUCAGAACAUCUACUGCGUGCACGUGGACCGAAAAUCCACAGCGGACUUCCAUAAAGCCGUGGAAGCCAUCGUCUCCUGCUUUGAGAAUGUCUUCAUAGCUAAGAAAUUAGAAAAUGUGGUUUACGCCUCAUGGUCGCGAGUACAGGCCGAUUUGAACUGCAUGGAAGGUUUAUUGGGAUCCCGCGUUCGGUGGAGGUACCUGCUGAACACGUGCGGGACGGACUUUCCAAUUAAGACCAAUAGAGAGAUGGUGCAAGCUUUGAAGCUCCUCAAUGGGAGGAACAGCAUGGAAACAGAAGCCACGAAUGACUACAAGAAGCAACGUUGGCAGUAUCACUGUAACAUCACCGACUCCAUCGUCAGAACCAACGUGAAGAAAAGCCCACCUCCCAUUCAGAGUCCAAUGUUCACUGGGAAUGCGUACUUUGUGGUCAGUAGGGCCUUUGUGGAACACGUGAUGCAGGACCUGGAAGUUCACGCGUUACUGGAGUGGGAGAAGGACACGUACAGCCCCGACGAGCAUUUGUGGGCUACCUUGCAGCGAAUGCCCUCCGUGCCCGGAUCGAUGCCCGCAAACGUCAAAUACGACACGUCGGACAUGCAUGCCAUAGCCCGCGCGGUCAAAUGGAGUUAUUUGUCAGGGGAUGUGAGGGAAGGGGCUCCGUAUGAGCCGUGCAGAGGGGAGAUUAGAAGAGCGGUUUGCGUGUAUGGAGCCGGAGACCUGGCGUGGAUCCUAAGACAACAUCACCUCCUCGCUAAUAAGUUUGAUCCAAUGGUGGACGACAUUGCUAUUAGAUGCUUGGAGUCUAUUUUGUAUUUUAAAGCUUUAGGUUAUGUAGUUCAGUAAGUAUUUGGCAUCAUUUGAAAUUGAGUUCACCACUAUCAUCGUUCAUUUCAGUUUCGCAGUCCUAUUUUGCGGAUUAAUUUGAGACCGUUUUGUUCUGUUUAUUUAUUUGGUGUGUAAUUGGACUGUUGGUCGAUAGACUGUGUUAAUCUGAAAGUGAGUCAAAACAGUAUUUCAAGAUCAGUCUAGUUUUCUAUUUUUGCUAAUGAUUAGUGAAUGUGAAAUCCUCGCAAAUUCAGAUUUUUUUUUUACACCUACAGAGAGCAAUGGCUACAGGAUUAUUUUGUAACGUACGUUCAUUAUUAUUAUUAUGAACGUAUAUUGUGAUAUGUUAAAUUUGUUAGUUUGAAAUGAAUGAGAUUCUCUUCCUGUUAUCACAUAGAAGGAUCAUCAAUGCGACACGAAAUUUUGUGUUAUU